UACAGUUUCAGCAGUGUCUAAAUGCUGUCGCUAUGGCUGCUGAUGAAAGUGAGUUGUUGUUUUUUGACACGUUUUCUCAUGAGGCGAAUGAGGAGUUGAAUUUGGACUUGGUUAAAUUUCCUCGUCCUGUAUAUAUCUAUGAGAUCCGCAUCAUUCCUUUAGGUUCCAGAGUUCAAGCUGAUUUUCCUGGAGGAUAUAGACUUGGGGCAACAAAUCCUUCAUCAUUUCAUCUUGAGUUUUUUGUGAAUGAUCUAAGUAAACGAGAAGCAUGUACAUUUGCAAAAAUGGGAAGCUUUGAGUACAAGCAGAACAUAGACAUCCAGUUCCCAAUAACCACAAGGAUUCCUACUGAUGGUUUGGUGUUACAUGGCUGGUAUCGAACAAUCACAUUAGCUGUUUAUGGAGUUCUUACAAAAGUAACAAAAGAAAGAACUUCACCUCCACCUCCUCCUCCACAGCAGGUUGUGACCCAUCCACAGGUUAUAGCAAACAAAACAGCCGACACUUAUGAGCCUCAACGUUCAGAACCAGUAGUUACGUCUGUUAACUGGGAACGACCAGCUCCUCACCAAGAAGUGUUACCAGAACAACCACCUCCACCUCCUCAGCCUACUAGGGAACCUCCCUUGUAUGGUGAGCCUCCUCCUCCUUCAAUCUGUCCUGUAGAACAGCCCAUGACAAUAAAAUACAGUGAACCAGUUGCUACAUCUUUCACUGAGCAUCAUACAGUAGCAUCAGCAGCAGUCCCUCCUGCAGCUCCAGUUCCACCACCAGCUUCCACUUACAAUCAUUAUGAUGCUGCAAAUUACUCAAAAGCUUGGCCAGCUCAAGAGCACUCAUUUCAGCCUCCAGAAACUUACCAAGCAGAAACUUAUGCAAAUUCUACUUCCACCUGGGAAACUCAGCAUCCUACCAUGCAUGAGAUUCAACAUGAACAUCCCCUAUACAAUCAGCCUGUGGAACAUGAACAUAGGCCACCUGUUACAGAACUAGAGUGGGAAAAGGAUUCUCGUAUACAUGAAUACAGAGAAAGUGAAGGGAGUCAUCGAUUUGAAAAAGAAUUAAAACGAAGAGAUAAAGAUCACAGAGAAAGAGGCAGUAGCUGGGAGAGACACUCUCCAGAUGUUGCAGACAGAUAUAGUAGAGACAGAGACCGUGAUAGAGGUAGAGAAUCCAGUAGUCGUGAUCGUCACCGUGACCGAGAUAGGGAUAGAGAAAGGGGAAAAGAACGUAGUAAAGAAAGAGGAAGAGAUCGUGACAGGGGUAGAGAUUCUAGGCGUGAUAGAAGAUCAAGUUCUAGGUCGAGGGAUUCUAGUCGUGAAAGUCGUGGAUCUCAGCAUAGACCAGAAAGUAGACGCCCUUCUUCUCCCCCACCUUCCCCUUCCAGACACCCUCGACCUCGUACUCCUGAUGCUGCUUUCCCUGGAGAACCAGAGAAACUGAGUAGUGGGCCUAGAACUCCAAAAGAUGAUAAUGAACCUUCUGUACAAUCAACAGAACAAGUUGCACCUGUAACUAAUACAGAAGGGGAGGCUUUUGAAGUUCUUACACCUGAGCAAUCCCCUCCAGAACACAUUUAUAAUCUGUCAGAGGGGGAACUUCAAGAGGGAGAGCCUGUUGAAGAUGAUGAUGGGUAUGAAGAAAUUGUUAGUGAAGAAGAAUACAUGUCAGAUGGUGAAGAAAGGGCAUUAGAUAUGGUGGAUAUUGACUAUGAUAUUGGUGAUGACACUUGGAACUACAUGGCCAGUUUCAGUCCAUAUCAGUGUGAAUUCACUCCCUUACAGCAUUUUCAUGACCCUUCUUUAACACUGUAUGAAAUAACAAAGCUGAAAACAGUUUCUUUGAUUAAAGAAGGGAUUUCUGAAGAAUCUCAGAAGCUACUUGAUACUGUGGAGCAUUUUGUGGAUAAGGAGCAUUUGGAAAAGUGGGUUGAAGCUGUGGAGACUGUAGCAAAUACACAAUUGAUCCCUGGAUUAAGUGGCUUAAGGAAUCAUGAAAUGUAUCAAGUUGUUAUCCAGACCUUAAUUGAAUGGAUUCUCGAAGGACUUGAUUUUAAUGCUGCUUUAAAACAACCUCAGGCUGCUUACAAAGUGCGUCACAUGAAGGCUGGCAUUAGACUGGCAUCAUCACUGUUCUGUACUGACAAGCAUAUUGUAGAUAAGCUUCUGGAACUGGAAGUUCCAGCACACUUGUUGAAACUAUACAGUCAGCCCUACAUGACUCUGCCACUGAAACUGUUGAUCAUCAGAGCUCUAGAUGCAGCAGUUUACACAGCUGCUGGGAUGGAUCACAUUCUCCACCACCAGUGUAAGCUUCCACCACUAGAACAAGAUGAAAAACAUCUUUUCAAUGGAGUUAAGGAAAAUCCUAACAAUUUAUCAUUAGAAAAUAGCAAAGAAGAUGCCGGGGAAGUUUUAACAUCUGUUACGUGUUAUCAAAGACUAUUGGAAAUAAUGAUGAAAAAGCAGUCAACUCGUGCAACUGUAGCUGUGACGGCAUUAUUGAAGAAAAUACACACAUUUGAGGUUUUGUAUACCCUAAAGCAUUCUGUUGAAAGGGUGCUGGAACAGAGUGAAGAGUUGUUGGGAAAUGAAAACUCAGAAGAACAGGUGGUAGAACCAGAUGAAGAAAGCAAUGCUAUCAAAAAUAAUAUUGCUCUGGAAGAAGAAAUUUUGAACAUUGUUAAUGCUCUUAUUGAGAUAAAUAGCAUUUAUAGAAAUGCUAAACUGUUAAUUACACAGACCUUGAGAUGCCUUCCAGCAAGUACACAGUUCAUGCUAGCAGAGGCACCUUUUGACCCAUUUCCAGGAUUGUUUCGUCUUUUUCGUGAUUGUAAAUUGCUGGAGAGCUUAUUCGUCUUGGUUUCGUGCCCAUCAACAACAUGUUACUCAGUUGUUAUAAGGCUUGUAAAGGAAUUUUUGAUGAAUGUGGUCCAGUCUAAUCAGGGAAUGAUCUUCCUUCUGUCAGAUACUGAUCUUAUCAAUGGGAUUCAGAGAGCAUUGCUCCAGUUUUUGGAUGAAGGACGAGAUGAUUCAGCAGAUGAGAUUAUUGCCCAGCAUCUUGGUCUUCAACUUGUCUAUCGACUACAGGUCCUUCAGCUUGUGGAUCUUCUCCUAGCUUUUCAUGCCAAAAGUAAUUCAAAAGAAGAACUUGAUGACCCUGAAGCAGUACAUCUUCUUCACCAACUGUACACCAUGAUGUUUACUGUUGCUGGGAAAACUGCCUUGGUCCAUGUUUUAAGUUUGGAACAAAACUUGGAGGUUCUAAUACCAUUUGUUAAAGUUACAGGUCAAGAAGAUUUUGAUGCAAAACUCAGCAAAUCUGUUUGCUCUGGGUAUUCCACUGAGCUAUUACUCCUUCCUGUUCGAUAUUAUGAGAGUAUUGGCCUGCUAGAGAAGUUUGCUGAUAUUUUCUUUGAACUAAGCCAACAAGAGCCAACCCCAAAGUUGCAUGAACUGGCUUCCUGGAUGGCCCCUACCAGAAAGCUUCCUGGAUAUGGUUAUGAAGUCGUGGGACAACUGAUGGGAUAUAUUAAGAAAUACACAGAUGAGGCAAGUUCUUUACCACCAGAAUGUAUAACAACAUUACGUAUUCUACAGCAUUUGGCCAUAGCACCAUCAAAAGAACAAGGACAACAAGAACUUCGGUAUAAGUAUGUUAUCAUUCAGAUCUUUUCUAACGAUGGGAUGUCUGUUUUCUUAAGCAUGUUGCAGAAAAUAUGCAAUGUCUUUUUGAAACCCUCUCACCAAUCUACAGCUUUAGUUGGCCACCAGGGGUCCAUGGUUGUGGCAAUUAUAAAGCCAGUGGUGUAUAUCCUGCAUUCAAUGUUGAGUUAUCUGAUUUCAUGUCAAGGACCUGAUUUUAAGGACUUGACUGCUCUACCUGUAUUGUUACCUGUUCACACGCUAAUGAGCUUUGUUCCUGUUUCUUCAUUCUCUUACCCAUUGGCUCAAAAGGUUCAAACAAAAAUGAUUGAAAUUCUCCUGGCAUACACACAACCAAGUUUAGGCUCUGAAGAGUCUGAAGAAGCCCUGAAUAAAAGUCUUUGGACCCAGAUGAUUAAGGAACUGAUGGUCUAUACUUUAAAGUCCCCAGGCACUUAUGUUUCUGGUCUGAUCAUGCUGUCAGAACUUCUUCCACUACCUCUACCUCUUCAAACAAAAGAGCCACUAAAUCAAGAAGAAGUGACUCGAGCAGUCAAUAACAGAAAAUUAUGGAGUGCCCAUCUUCAUGCUCUUAGUGAUCAUGUCCAAGAAAUAAUAUCAUCAUUGGCUGCCACUAGUUGUCAACCUUUGCAACAGUUAAUACGACGUAUCUGUGUCCAGUUGUGUGAUCUUGCUGCUCCCUCUGCUCUUGUUGUUGUUAAAUCAGUUCUUGAUGAUCUGAUAACUAAGAUGGAAAAUCAGAAUCCACCUGCUGAUGUAAAAACAGAAACAGCGGCUGUUGAUAUAUCUCCAUGUAAUUCAGCCACUGCUAGAAUCUUAAAUCUUGUUGCAUAUCUGGUAUCUCAAGCUUCUUUCAAAAUCACCCUCAUCAGUAUUCUGGGAGGAAGUGUCAAGACUGCUGAGAAAUAUGGUGAAGUAUUGGAUAAACUACUUACUUUGUUACAUUUAUCAUCGGACAAGAUACCCCAUCUACACUCGCAAGAAUGUAUAGUGUCUAUUUUGCAGUCGCUGUGUGAUCCUGAUAUUGGAUUUAUUACUUUGGAGAAUGGAGCUACAGUAACUGAUACUGUAAGUUUGUGUCAUGAUGAGCUUACCAACUCACUGCCACCCAGAGAUCAGCUCAGUCGGAUCUGUAGUGCUUUAAUUCAGCAUGUAGGAGACCAUCAACAUCCAUAUGCUUCAGUACUUCCUUCCUUAAGAACUUUAGUAAUGCUAGCUGAACAUGACCUAGGGAUGUAUCAUUUAAAAAGUGGUUUUGAACAGAAUCCUAAAGCUCUUCACAGCCUUUUAAUACGCUUGGCAACAACCUUCACCAAAGAAAGUUCUGACUGCUUCUCCACGUUAUCCACUGCUCUGGAACUACUGCGUUUGAUGGUCCACGGUUUUGAGGAGUCACCUUAUCAAGGUCAGACAGCUCGAACACAGCUUCUGCCUAUUCAAGAGCUUGCUCGGCUGCUUGACUGGCAAGAAUCAACUUUGCCGGAACCUUCUGAUGAUAAUACUUCAGUAUCAAAAGAAAACAUCCACCCACUGUUGAAGUUGGAGAAUCUCUUUGCUGAGGUUCCAAGUGAUGAUGAAGCUGUAGAGAAUUUGCUGGAAAACCUUUCGGGAUUGGUUCAGCUACUUAAAGGUGUUACUAUUAAAGAAAAGACAGCAGAAAUGGUUGAGCCAUUGCUGUCCACACCUGACAGUUUGUCAGCACAGUUUGCUGAAAGACCUGUAUAUCAAGUAGGAGAUAUUGAAGAAGAGAGAUUGACCCCUGCUUACUGGUUGUCAGUUCCUGGUAUUGAAGACACAGACCAAGAAACAGAACAAAUAUCUUUAGAUUUUGUAUCCUUAGCUGAAAAGUACUGUUUUGAUUUGGAUAUCAGAACUAGUCUCCAGCAACUAUGCCUUUCAAAGGAUUUGGAACCAGAAACACAAAUAAAGAAGAAAAUGACAGCAAACUCUUUGGGUAAACGAAAGCAUCAGCCUUUUACUAAUUCCAACCGAGGAGAGAACCAAAGUAAAAGACCUUUCAUUGCACCUAUGAGAGGCCGUGGAUUUGGUAGAGGCCCCAUUCACUCUACAAGGACCAAUGAUCCCUUUCGUUCCAGGCCUCCAAACACCAGUCGACCUCCUUCCAUGCAUGUUGAUGAUUUUCUUGCCAUGGAAAUUCAUGGUCCAACAAAUCCUCCAGGUCCAAAACGGCCUGGAAUCAAGGAUGCUGGACGUGGUCGAGGUCGUGGUUUCGAAGGUGGUCGUGGUUUCGGACCAUCUCGAGGGCGUUUCUUUACUCCUCCUGGACCUUACAACAGACGUGAACCUGGAAGGGGAUUACCAAGAGGAGCAGCCACCCGUGGAAUGCCUAGUCCUUGGGUAGCACGAGGGGGUCCUGGCUCUGCUGGAAAACUUGGUGGACCUGGAAUGCGUGGAUUUGGAAGAGGAGGCCACAUGGAGCCACGCCCUACAGCACAAAGGCUAAGAGAUCCCUAUGGUCCAGGGUUAGGGAGUGGACGCUUUACACGUGGAGGACGAGGAGGACAAUCAGAUCCAAACCACUGGUCAGAUCUUAGAAGUAAAGCUCAGGACCAAAGGUUUCAGCCACCUAGUGGAUCAGCUAGAGGAAGACGAGAAAACAGCAGUAGCAGACAUGCUCGAGCUUUCACCCGAUAAGUUUUUAUACAUGUUGAACUACUCAUUCAUAUUGUUUUAAACCCUAAUGAACAUUACCACAGUGUAGUUACACUUACAAAGUCAUGUACAGUAUUACAUGGGGGAUACCAUCCACUGCUUUUGAUAAAUAUUCAUGUAUUGUUUAAUAUGUCAUUAAUGGUAAUCUAAUAAAACUUUUCAAGACAA